AUGUCAUUCAAACAAUUUGAAUCGAUCUUUUAUCCAGCCUUUGACUCUUACGGUCUGGCGGAAUGGACACUUGAAAAAAUGCCUAAGGGGAUCAUUAUUGAACGAAACGCUACAAGAUCGACAAACCGCAACGGAUGGUUUUUUAAAUCACAUAAUGGUCGAUCUAAAUUUUAUUGCCCGAAAUGUUCUCGACAGAAUAAGGCAAAUGGCAAACCCAUUUGGUCUUCUGUUUAUACGAGGAUGUUAUUUGGCGCUCAAUAUUCGGAAGAAAAUGAUAAGGAUGGAGUUAUUUGGGGAUCCGGUCGAGUUCAAAUGAAAAUCUUUGAACAAGGCUGCCAAACUUGUGGCACAUAUAGUACAGGUCAUUUUGAUGAAUAUGGCAUUAGCUUUGCACUGUACUGGCUUCACAUUUGGAUCCUAAAAACGUUCUACAACGUCAAAAUUCAUGACGAUGAUGAUCAUGAUCGACCACAAAGUGAAGAGCUGAGUCGUGGACCACAUAAUAUCGACCUGUGUAAUGCUUGUCGAAGUGGCUGGUGCAAGUAUCAACAGCAAGAAAAACGCCAUUCCAACGUGAUCAAGGGCAAAAAAAAUUGA